AUGUUGAUAAAUGAACAAACUUCGGUCGCCUAUCGCGCGCCCACCGAAGUCUUGCGACGGAUAUUCGAGUUUGCGACGACGAUAGAAACGGAAAGAGACUCUCUCCGUAUAGGAGAGGUGAUAUCUCACGUUUCUUCCCUCUUCCGGUACAUUAUUCUCACUGUCCCAAGGGCGUGGCGAAUCAUCGAUUUCCCGCUCUACUGGCCCCGCGAUAAGUUGGUCGAGUACACAACUACACUGGUGGUGAGAGCAGCAACCUACCCUGUCAAUAUCGAUAUACGUGAUGGACCGCACCCCGGCCUCACCCACGAGGAACUACUCGGCAUCUUCCAGUCGGUGUUUAAACCUAUAUCAAAUGUGGAGGAGAUUUACUUCCAUAUCACCAAUUACGACGGCUUUUUGGAUCCUAUACGAUUCAUAGAUGCCCUUCCUAGUACACCUCACUCCAUCACCCUCUAUAAUGCAGCCAACCUUGACUUCGCUAACAAUCCAAUAAUGCCUCCUGAUCCAACUGCAGGUAAUCUUUGUUACUCUGGAGGCAGCUCGCUUAAGUUCAGUCCCGACUCUUCUGUUAUCGUCGACAGCCCAAACUUUUCUCGCGCACAAUCGUGCUUGAUUAUGGCUGCCGCUCCGUCAUUGGAGAGGCUGAUUGUGGACGUAAAUAUAGGCGGUUGGUCCAUCUUUCCUAGACCAGAUAUGGCAUACAUAAAGGAACUUUACGUUCGGUAUUUCUCAAUUCGUGAGUCGGACCCAACCGCCCGCCGGCUUCACUUUCCACGACUUGGAAAGUUUAGCAUGGGCGGAUGCGAUAUCAAGUCGGAGUUGGUUUAUCAGUUUUUCAAAAAUCAUCCUACCAUCACCGACCUCACUCUCGGAAAAGACGUUGAUCUCAAAGAAAUGGCAAAGGCAUGCCCACAAAUCCGUCGCCUCUCCAUUGUGUCAGCAGUCAUCCCAGAGCUCUUUCCUCAGAAGGACGAGCCUUGGAAACGUCGAAAGACGAUUCUGCACAUGAACUAG